UUUAAAAAUAUAUAUUUCAGAUGAAGUUGGUUCAAGAACAUGUUUUGAAGGGACACACAGGGAGGGUUUGGUGCUGUGCUUGGAACCCUCAAGGUGAUAUGCUUGCUACGUCAGGAGAGGAUAAAACUGUCCGCCUUUGGCUAAGGGAAGGCGGAAGUUGGUCUUGUUCCACUGUUCUGGCGGAGGGUCACACUAGGACAGUGAGAAGUGUUUCCUGGUCUCCUUGUGGAAAAUAUUUAGCUUCUGCAAGCUUCGACGGAACAAUUGCAGUCUGGAACCGAAAUGGAGGAAGCUGGGAAUGUACUGUUACACUAGAAGGGCAUGAGAACGAGGUUAAAUGUGCAGUCUUUUCUCCGUCUGGAAACUUUCUAGCCACUUGUAGCAGGGAUAAAUCAGUGUGGUUAUGGGACGUAGAUAAAGAGGAUGAUGAUUAUAUGUGUGCCAGUGUUCUUCAUUCACAUACACAGGGGGAAAGGUUAGCGAGCUGUUCUGAGGAUACAUCAGUCAAAGUUUGGAAGCAAUUCCCACCGGGGAAUAAAGAGGGAAUUCCAACCCAGGGCAAGGACCCGGCUUGGAAAUGUGACUACACAAUAGCUGGAGUGCAUCCCCGAGCUGUUUAUGAUCUAGACUGGAGUUCUCAGGGUUAUAUUGUUACGGCUGGAGGAGAUGAUGCAAUCAGAAUAUUUAGAGAGAUUGAUAAUGAAUGGGUUUGUGAACUUACUGAGGAAAAUGCUCACGAUAUGGAUGUUAACUGUAUACGAUGGAACCCUAAGAACCCGGAUUUGGUUGCAAGCUGUAGCGAUGAUGAAACCACAAAGAUCUGGAGUCUACAGAGAUAACAUUGAACAACUGUGAUAAAUAUGAAAAUAUUCAGAAGAAUAAUUAAUCAACAAAUUUGGAAUUUUGGGAGUUAAUACGAUAAUGCUUUGCAUUUCAGAAAA